AUGCAAUUCGCCGUGUUACUUUUGUAUUAUUUAUGUCGAUGUUCGUGGGUAAUGAGUUUUUCACUUAAUUCAUAUACGAGGAAUAUUACAACGGAAAUAUCGACGUACGAAACUCUGGAAUCUGAGGAUUUGAACAAAGAAGCUCAACAUUUUUUAAAUCCCAUUUAUCGUGAUAUCGAUCCUUCGAAUGACGUCGAACGUAUCGAUCUUCAGCAAUGGCCAGGAAGAUCUACCGUUCUUUUACCUCGCAAUGAUAUUCCUUCCACUACGAACGUUAUAGUACCGAAUAAAUUUCUUAACGGUAGUGUAUCCUUGCAACGAAAUUUUACGAGAUAUCCAAGAUUUAGCAUACCACUUUCAAUUGCGAUGAUAGACGAAGUCUUCUGUGAUUUUGGUCCACUUCCAUCAUUGACUCUCUGCGAAUGGCAAAAUGGUAGCGAUUCAUUAGAUUGGAUGGCAGGAUCUGGCUUAGGAACUAAUUGGUUUGGUGGACCAUCAUCGGAUUCUACAACCAAUACAAUGGAAGGAGGAUAUGCUUUCGUGGAGACAUCACAAACACCAUCGAAAGGAGUAACAAGCAAAAAUUCAGGAGCUCGAUUGCAUAGUCCUCAAUUGGGAAGUACUGGUGUUUCAGGAACUUGUGUUAUGUUUAAAUACUCUAUGGACGGUCUUAGUGUCGCAGGAUUGAGAGUACUCUUGCAUUUGGGAUUUGAUGAAUACUCAAUCAAAAAAGAACCAGACGAUGUAAUUUCAUUUCAAAAUUUUACCAUACCAUUUUGUAAAUCAGCUAAAACUGAGAGUGAACGUGUUAUUUGGCAUGCUCAUUAUUAUGACCUUGAGAUGUGGCAGCAAGCUCAGAUACUUUACACUUAUCCAGACGUACACUCGUUAAUCAUCGAAGCAGUGCCCGUUGAUUCGACUGAUCCAUCCCGCCUCUUUCGAGGAUAUAUAGCGAUCGAUGAUAUCGAUCUUCAACCUGGAACUUCCUGUGUUGGAUUUUGUAACUUUGCAGGUGGAUUUUGUGACUGGAACAACGAUGCCGAAGAUGAUUUUGAUUGGACCAUAAGCCGAGGUAGUAGAAACCCAGCGACUGGUCCAACUAUGGAUAGCUCUAGUGAUCGAACUACAGCAGGUGGUUACGCUUAUAUCGAUUCUAGAUUUCCACGUAGACCUGGUGAUAUAGCAAGAUUAAUCAGUAGCAGUUUCCCAGCUACCAAUUCAGAUGCACCAAUCUGUAUACAUUUCUGGUUUCAUAUGUUCGGUACAGGAAUUGGCAAUUUAAAACUUUACUUACGUCAUUUUCGCGAUCUUGAUGCAGUGUUACAAGAAAUUUGGGGAUUGAGUGGGAACGCUGGUAAUGCUUGGUAUAUGUCGCAAAUAACUAUUGGCUCUUUGGAUGAUUAUCAAUUAAUUUUUGAAGCAUCGGUAGGAAAUACCGGUAUGGGAGAUAUCGCUAUAGAUGACAUUACGUUUACUUAUGGUGCUUGUCCUGUGUAUCCACAAGUAGCAGCAACCAUAUCAAGAGAUUGUACUUUUGAAGUAGAUGAAUGCGACUGGAUCAAUACCAGAGAUCCGGAUCGUGUCGAAUGGGAAAGAGUUUCCAAUCAAGUAUUAAGUUCUAGAAAUCAACGAAAACCAUAUAGCAAUGGAAAUACUGGCACUAGACACAAUGAAUAUUUCUUAACACUUGGCAAAUCUCGUAGUGGAUCCUUUGGUGGUGGUAUUGCUCAACUCGUUAGUCGUGAAAUGAGUGGUUCUGAUAAUCCAUUGUGUAUUACAUUUUGGUAUAUCAUGUUCGAGUCUUUCAUAGAUUCUACUGGACCAAGUUUAGGUGUUCUUCGUAUAUACAUACAACCUAAUGACGAAUCGUCAGGAGAACCCAGACCUAUUUGGCAAUUAUACAAUGAUCAAGGUCCUACCUGGAAUUACGCGCAAACGAAUAUUAAUGAAAGAAAAAAUUUCAAUAUCUAUUUUGAAGGUAUAUGGGGUCCAAAUAGGGCAAAUGGUAUUAUUGGGAUUGAUGAUAUAUCCUUUUACAUUGGAAACUGUAUAGUAAAGCCACCUGCUGCUUCUGUUAGAAGUGAGGAUUGUAGUUUCGAGAAAGGUAUAUGUGGAUGGGAAAACAUUACUCUUUCAACUAAUGAUCGUAGUGUCACUUGGCAGCGAGCGUUUCUUACUCACCGGCCAGCUCAGCUCUUAGACAAAACAUUUGGGACAACAGGCGAUUAUAUAUUUUUUGAUAUAUAUACGGCUGAUCAAAAAUCCACCGAGGUACAAUUACGUUCUCCAAUUAUCAAUACACCAACUGAUGAGGAGUCCACUUGUUUCACAUUUUGGUUUGCUGCUUUUGGUGUUGAAGAAUCUACAAUGUUACAAAUUAUUAGAACGUCUGAUAUUGAAGAUGCAAAUAAUGGUAAUAAUGAAAAUGGUAACGAUGAAAUAUUGUUAUGGUCAUUAACAGCAAAGGGAUUUAAUAAUCCAAGACCAGUAUGGAUGGCAGCGCAAGUAACAAUUGAUGGACGUUCACCGUAUCGUCUUAUUUUGAAAGGCAGUGCUAGUAACGGUGGCUUUGCUAUCGAUGACAUUAAAUUUCAACCUCGUGUUUGUCCAACUCGACCACCAGAAGCUCAUCCUCAAAUAUACCCAAAUAGGAUGUAGUAAAUUAAUAUAUUGCUAAAAUAAAAAUUAUAAUAAAAAAUCUUAUAGUAAAAUAAUACAA